GUGAUGGCCCCGCUGAUAUUGAAUGCUGUGUUGAGUCAGUAUUUACUUUUCUUCUUGAACAAGACGCGUUCUUCUUAAGAACAAGCAGAAAGCAAGUACCUAAGGAUUGCAAUUUGACAGAAUCUCGUGGGCUUCUUCGUUGGAUUUUGAAUCUCGUAAAUGACGGUUUAUGAUUAAUUGGAGUCAAAGGAAAUUAAGUUUAAUUAACUUUGAAUGAAGCUAUAUAUUAGAUAUUUGACCAUUCGUUUCGAUCAAGGUUAGUAACAUUAACUUCUGGAAGACAAGUAACAAGGAAGCAAGUCGAUCGUUAAAUUUGGCGGUAAAAGUCUGCAAAUUGUUUUUUCUGAUUUGUUGAUAUCAGCUGAAUACAAUAGCUUGUCGGCCAAAAUAUGAUUCUUGAUCAAAACGCGACUUGUUCGCUCCAGGAAAACUAUACGAGCAGUUUCAAAGCAGCAAGAGUUAGCGCGCUUGUUGUCUUAGCRAUUUUGUCGCUUGUUUGCAAUGUUUUGAUUCUUUUUGUCAUUUACAAAGACAAGAGACUAAAAACUCCUGCAAAUGUGUUUAUAAUGAACAUGGCUAUAUCAGACCUCAUCUAUCCAUUACUUGUUAUCCCCAAGGAAAUCGCCAUGAUCUACACAAAUCACACAUGGAUCGUGAAAGGACACCUUGGCACUUUCCUUUGUAAGAUGGUUCAUUUUCUGCAAGACAUUUCAACCUUUGUUUCCAUACAAAGUCACAUCGCAAUCGCCAUAGAGAGGUUCUGUGCGGUAAUGCUGCCAUUAAAGACUUUCCAGUCAAGCAAAUGUAAUCGCAGGCUAGGUGUUAUUGCAACAUGGCUCAUUUCUACGGUUUAUACUUCUCCCUACUUCUAUACAUUUCGCUUACUACCGACAAAACCAGAGGGAUCCUAUGUAUGUGUUCAUCUUUGGGARCCUGUUUUCAACAAUUACAUCGCGCAAAAGAAAUACUAUCUCACGUCUUUGAUAAUAAUGUAUUUGCUACCUCUAUUGCUAGCAAUCGUACUCUACUCAGUCUUGCUGAUGAGGCUAAGGAGGCGAGUCUGUUUAGGACAAUCGGCAAAACGUGCUCUAGAUCAAAGUAAACAGGUCACCAACUUGGCUAUCACAAUAAUAACCGUGUUUGCCUUAUCUUGGGCGCCAGUUCAUAUUAUACAUAUGAUAUUCAUCUUUAAAUGGAACUGGUCGUUACCGUGUGACAUGGAUAAGGUUUGGUUUGGAGCCUUCUUUUUAGGGUGGAUGAAUAGUUUAGGCAACCCAGUUGUGCAUUUUAUUUUCUGCAAGAAUUAUCAAAGAUGCGUGAAAAAGAUGUUUGGUUCCUUAAGGAGUAGAACAGUCACAGAAAAGAUUUAACUUUAAAACCAGCCAAAAUACAUUACUAUAUAUCGCCAAAACUCAUGACUCUUUCUAGGAUUUUCUGAUACCAUAUUGUUAACCUCGUACUGUUUACUCAGAUGAUCUUUUCAACUCCAACGGGGAAGAGAAAUAGAACUAUUGGCCAAGGCUUUUUUAAAAUAAUAAAAAUGGGUCCAUAAAUGAAUUCCCUCGAUGCAUCAAUACAUCAGAAAUGCAGCAAUAAAACCUGUUCGUAUUUUARGAAGCGGGCGACAUUAAUUUUCAUCGUAUUGGUUGCAUAGAGUACUUGACAUAAAAUAUUGUAUACUCUAGAUAUCAGAAAAAGCGAGCAAGAUUAUCAGUAUAUAUUGUAUCGUCUAAAUGUAUCAAAUGGUUCUCAGACCAAAGUUCCUUCUUAUCUGCUACUAAAAAGAUUGAAUAUAAAGUUUCAGAAGUUAACCCUAAAAUCAGAACAAAAUCACUCUUUAUUUCUGGUGGCUUUACUUAACGAAGUUACCAAUGUACAUUGUAUCAAUUCCAAUUUUAAUGUUGAAACAGAAUGUAGAAACAUAUGUAGGAGAGGUAAACGCAAUAUACAAUCUUUAGAAUAACAUUAUUAUUCACAUAUAAAGCAGCUGUCCCGGAAAAGCGUUAAUGAAAAAAUAAAACAAGUGGUUCUCAAGGAAAAC